AUGGCAUACCUUGUCUUCCCACCAGAGUUUGUGCCUGAAAUUUCUACAGUUGUCAACUGGGUGAUGUCAUUCACACCGUUGAUUUCCUAUGGGUCAACUGUUUUUAGUAUCAGAAAACGACGUUCAUCAAAGGGCUUUGCUAUAGAUAUAUGCUCAACAAUGCUAAUGUCGGCGACAUUCCGAAUAUUUUACUACUUUAAUGAUCCGUUUGAAAUAACAUUGCUCCGGCAGUGCUUUGUCAUGAUCUUUAUACAAGUUAUUUUACUUUACAAUGCGCUUAAGUUCAGGCCACAGGAGUCCAUCAAGCUUGAACGAUAUGAUGGCCAUUGGGAAGAUCUUCAUGAUGACUUUAUACGUGCGAACAGCACAAAAAUUCGAAGUGAUAUAGAUCAAUACUGCAGAGAUGAAUAUGACGGAAGAAUUGUCUUCAGGAGAAUUAUACUAGGAUCCCUCAGAGUUCUAUUUAACAAUUGGGGGAGGAACUUGAUGCUAUUAGGGAUCUUCUUUCUCAAAUUGAUUGGAGAAGUCUUACGCCUUUUUGAUGGCCAUUAUAUGAGGCCCUUGCGUUUUUGGCAGUGGCAAGCAUCCCGAAAGUAUUGGUACUUUUUGGCUUUUCUAGUGGCAACAUUGUCAGUUUUACAAUACUAUUUACACGAGAAGGAACAUUUUGGAAUAAUCCUAGGGUCAAUUUCAUUUCUGAUUGAAAGCUCGCUUCCUUUACCGCAAAUUAUGCUUUUCAGGCGAAUUCAAACCGUCCAAAACUUCAAGACAAUUCUUCUUCUUUCGUGGCUAGCUGGUGAUCUUACAAAAAUUUCGUAUCUACUUUAUGGAACAAACAAUGUCGGUAUGAUCUUUAUAGUGGCAGCUGUAUUUCAGAUGAGUCUCAACUUGGUGAUAACGUAUCUGUUCUUUAAAUACAAGAGGAUGGAUUGGAAACGGGAGCAGGGACUAUUGCCUAUGAGCACUCCAAAAGAAGAGUCGAGUUUGGAAAACUUAAAUGAGAUUGCUUUAAGGGAUAUGGGAUCCUCUGGAAUGGAAGCCAGUAGUGAUGAACGUAUUCCAAUCCGGCGGACUAGUUCACCUCUUCCUAAUAUAAGGUCCGGUCAGGAGACUAUGCAAGAUCUUUCAAUGAGCCCGUUACGUACAAGUGGCUCAUUAUUUGAAAAUAUUAGAGCUGUUUCAAUACCGGCACCAUUACAAUUUGCCGAUUCAAACAGAAACUGGAUCCCUGAGCCGGUUGCUAAGAUAAGAUCUAGAUCCAGCACUAUAGACGAGCAUCGAACAAUUUCUACUAGCCGGAGAAGCAUCACGUCAACUAGUGAUAGCCUCAGAGAUGAUUGA